GAAUUGAUUUAUAACCUCUCUGGGAAGCUGGGAAAUCUGACAAAGAGAGCGCUGCCACUGACAGCGGGGAAACAGGAAGUGACAAAGGAAACAAGUCAUUGCCUCGGCGUCACUUUUGGCCACAGAGCUCUGCAGAUGCACGAGCACUUGGGCCAGGGUUGCUUUUCCUUUUGUGUGCUGGGCAGACGGCAGCUACAGCUGUGGCUUUCAACCUGGGAGUACCCAAAGGUGGGAGAAGCGCAGGGAUGUUCCUGCCAUGCCUGAGAGGGGUCAGAAGUUGUUGAUGGCUUUGUCAUCUCAAAGGAAACAAUCGUUCGGUGGAACUGGCUGCAGGAAAACCAUGUGUCGGUCGGACAAGGGCUCCAGAAUGAUGGCCUCGCAGGAGCAGGUCUGGCCAGUCCCAAUGAAGGCAAUUGGAGCACAAAACCUUCUGACAAUGCCUGGAGGAGUCACCAAGUCAGGGUAUCUUCAUAAAAAAGGAGGCACCCAGCUGCAGAUCCUGAAGUGGCCACUGAGAUUUGUGAUUAUCCACGAGGGAUGUAUUUAUUAUUUUAAGAGCAGCACAUCUGCAUCUCCCCAGGGUGCAUUUUCUUUGAAAGGUUACAACAGGGUGAUGCGGGCAGCUGAGGAGACAACAUCAAGCAAUGUGUUUCCUUUCAAGUUAGUUCACAUAAGCAAGAAGCACAGGACGUGGUUUUUUUCAGCUUCUUCUGAAGAUGAAAGAAAGAAUUGGAUGCUAUCCUUGAGAAGGGAAAUUGGUCACUACCAUGAGAAGAAAGAAAUAAUAACAGAAUUUAGUGACUCUGGUUCUGAUGCAGACAGUUUCUAUGGCUCAGUGGAACGUCCCAUUGACAUCAAGUAUUCCCAUCAUUCAGCAGAUAAUGAAGAUUAUGACCAGGAGGAAGAGGAUGAGUCUUAUUUGCAGCCGGAUACUUCUGACAUAGUGAAAGAUGACAUGGUGCUGCCCCCUGCGUACCCACCUCCGCCCGUUCCUCACGUCAGGAAAUCUCCCUACUCAGAAGCAAGGGCACAUUCCUACUCUGGCAAACCAAGUGCACCUGUACCACCACCCCCCCCUAAGAGGAGCUUACCUGAAAUCAAACUAGAGCCACCCCCUGUGCCCCCUUUGCCUGUGUUCAAAAAGCCUGCAAGUGGCAAAGAGUCUCACCCGCUGCCCCCAGAGCCUGCGCCUCCAGCCCCAGUGCUUGCUCCUCCAGAAGCGUGUGAGAAGCUGAAAACCUUAAACCUUUCCCCACGGACUCCUCCUCCUCUGCCAGCCAAUAAACCCAAGCUGUCCCAGCUUGCUGAAAAGCUAGCAGAGCCCAAAGUGCCAAGGGAACAUGGUAAACCUGGACUGUUUGUGCCACCAGUGCUCCCAAAGCCGCCUGUGCCAAGCCACCAGCCCCCUGCAGUCAAGCCCAGAACAGAGAAAUCUUUAGGUCCCCAGUUACAGAGAUCACCACCAGAUGGACAGAGUUUUAGAAGUUUUUCAUUUGAAAAACCAGCACUACCCUCCAAGCCAAGCCAACCUGAUGAUGACUCUGAUGAUGAUUAUGAAAAAGUUGGGCUGCCUGUUUCAAUAUUUCUUAACACCUCUGAAUCCUUCGAAGUUGAAAGGAUAUUUAAAGCUAGUAGCCCACAAGGACAGCCACAAAAUGGAUUGUACUGUAUUAGGAACUCAUCUACUAAGCCUGGAAAGGUAUUGGUUGUAUGGGAUGAACCUGCAGGAAAAGUGAGAAACUACAGAAUCUUUGAAAAGGAUGGCAAGUUUUACCUGGAUUCAGACAUCCUGUUUUUGAACAUGGGAAGUUUGGUGGAAUACUACAGCACUCAUGUCUUACCCAGUCAUGACAGCCUGAUUCUCAGGUGUCCUUAUGGUUACUCCAAGCCAAGGUGACAGGACAGCCAUGGCUCAGUGACACCCUGCUGCCCCUGAGGACAGGACUCCUGCCUGUUGGACAUCCCAUUGUUUGCACACACAAACUGGGUCUGUGUCCACUUUUUAUUCUCUCAUAAAUUGUUAUACAAAUUCCAUUUAAUGAACUUCUGGUAAAACCUUAGAGUCCAGAUCAGUGGAUUUUAUGGUCUUUUUCUUUACAAAGAUCUGAACUGAUUGUGCCGUGAAAGUUGUCCAGGAUACCCACACCUUUUAUAAAACUGCUGCUAUUACUAAUCUUCUUGGAAUGUUGAAGAUGAACAUGAACAAAGAAGUGAUCUGAAUACAGCUGAUCUAGAAAAUGGACACUUCUGAAAGUAUGUCAGAAUUUAUUUGUGACAGGGAAUACUAAUACUCUGACUUGGAGGUACUACUCCUAAGGUCAGCAUUGGUGCUCAACUGAGAUAUUUUGUAUUACUUGUAUAGCUGAUGUGUACAUAAUGAAGAUUUCUAUGCAAAUUAUUUUAUUUACUAUAGGUAAAGAUGAUCAGGAAAUGAGGCUUUUUUUUAAGCCACCUCUUAUACCCUUGUACCUUCUGAGUACAGUAAUCACUAUCAGGUACUAUCUGGCUGAUAGGGGUGUGGCACCCCACAUACUGCUUCAUGACAUGCACUUCAGAGAAGUGUGGGACAAUAUUGAUUUGGCUUUCAUGGGAGCUCCAUUGUCUGGUUCUGAACUGGAAGGGUUCCUGCCACUGGUAUUUUUAAAGGGAAAAGAGAAAGGGCUACAGAUUUUGGGGAAGGGAAGGGAGCCAUUUGAAUGCUCCAAAUUCCAACUAGCAGUUUGAUCUCAUGUUGCUAUAGUCUAAGUUUCUUUAAAAGAAAGCACAAAAAACCACUUGAAACCAUGAUUAUGAUGCUACUAUCAAUCCAAAAAUCUUUGUGGUCACACUUUGCUGUCAGCCUGCUGCAUUCUUUUCUGUUCUAGGGCAAAACACACUACCCUAAUCUUCUACCAAGACUUCUUGUAUUAUUAAAAUUUCUACUCAGUUUGUAGUUGCAUGCAAACCAAAAUCUAUCUUUAAUCUAUUGUCAGUGAUAGACAUUACCAGGGUGCAUUUAACAUUUGUUCCCUAAUAUUUUUGGGAGUGGUAUCCUAAAUCCAAGGGCUUGAUAUUUAUGCCAAAAUUACUCUAUUCCUGAAUUUUAAUAUGGAGGAAAAAAUUAAUUUUAAUAACCUCUUAAGUAAUUCUGUUGAUCCAGAAAUAGUGUCAUAAUGGUCUCAUACUCUAAUACUGUUUACAAGACUUGUAAUAAUAGUAAAAAAAAUAUCUGUCACUCCUGAAACAGGAGAAGGUAUCUAGUUUUUAUCAGUGUGAAUUUGUAUUCAUAAACUUUUUUUUUGUUACCCUUUAAAAGUUUAUUACAUGCCCAUUUUAAUCUUGUUACCAUUAGAUGGCCACAACUUUAAAAUAAUAAAAAAAAUAAGAAGAAGAAUUUGCUUUUUAUGAAAACAAUAAACCAGGAUUUAGUCCCUAGGGAAUUUUCCUUACUAAUCAGAUGGAAUAUGUAGAUCAUAUACAGGAAUUGAAGCAGGAAAUUCUGUCUCCAUCUUUUUCAAGAGACACAGAUAUACACAAUAUCAAUCUUUUAAUCUCUGUUCCCACUCUAAUAGGGCUUAUAUGUGUAAAGAAUGUGGAGUACUUAAAAUUUAGAUUCUCUUGAAUGUUGGGUAUUUUUAAGUCUUAUUCCUUUUAUUUUAAAUUAGUAUCCCUGUGAUGCACUAUCCUGACAUUGAUCUCUCUAAAGAAGGCUCAGCCAAGACAGCAUUUAAAAAACUUAUUUGACAAAUAUUUUUAUGUAUAUCAGAGUAAGUUCAAGUUUCGUGCAAUAUUCACACCUGUCUACAGAAUAAGAUUUUCUCUGUCUGAGAAUAAUUGACUUCAUUGUGUCAUGACAAUGUUAUUUAUAGUAUGCUCUCUUUGGGGCCCUAUUCAGAUAUUUGAUUGUUGGCUCACCUUACACUCAGAAGAUUUUUAAAUUGUAAACAUCCAUUUAAACCAUAACACACUCUUUACCUGUGUAAUACAAGAGUUGCAAAUAUGUAAAUUUUUGUGUAAUUCCUUUUUGUAUCUAAAUGUAUAGAUUUCUGAAAUGGAUAAACUUUCAAUGCCACUCCA